GACUUGCAAAUAGAACGAGAGAGGACUGUGUAUAAUAUUUCUGGCGGCUGCACAGCCCUCGUGGUGGUGUAUUUAUUGGGGAAGCUUUACGUGGCAAACGCUGGUGACAGCAGGGCUAUAAUAAUCCGAAAUGGUGAAGUCAUCCCAAUGUCUUCAGAAUUCACUCCAGAGACUGAACGCCAGCGACUUCAGUAUCUGGCUUACAUGCAGCCCCACUUGCUGGGAAAUGAGUUCACACAUUUAGAGUUUCCACGGAGGGUGCAGCGCAAGGAAGUUGGAAAGAGGAUGCUCUACCGUGACUUCAACAUGACUGGCUGGGCAUACAAAACCAUUGAGGAAGAUGACUUGAAGUUUCCCCUUAUAUACGGAGAAGGCAAGAAGGCUCGGGUUAUGGCAACUAUUGGAGUGACCCGAGGACUGGGAGACCAUGACCUGAAAGUGCACGACUCCAAUAUAUACAUCAAACCUUUCCUUUCCUCAUCUCCUGAGGUGAGAGUCUAUGACCUCCUGCAGUACGAGCAUGGGCCUGAUGAUGUUCUGAUCCUAGCUACUGAUGGACUCUGGGAUGUGCUGUUAAAUGAAGAAGUGGCAGAAGCUAUCACCAACUUCCUACCAAACUGUGACCCCGAUGAUCCCCACAGGUACACUCUGGCGGCGCAGGACCUGGUGAUGCGAGCCAGGGGAGUGCUGAAAGACCGGGGCUGGCGAAUAUCCAACGACAGGCUGGGCUCCGGAGACGACAUCUCUGUCUACGUCAUCCCUUUAAUACACGGGAAUAAACAGUCGUGA